CACAGCCCGAGAUGGACAGCCUUGUGAACACCCUCAGGCUUACUGGCCUAGCCCCCGCAACACUAGGAGCCAUGCUCCGAAACGACCUAUUUCCCACAUUGUAUCCUAAUCUCUUGAGCGUUGCGGGGAAUUGGGAUGCAUUCGAUGAGGACUGGCUUCUUAACCAGCUGCAGCGCAGGAGGUCUCAACGCCGGGGUUGUCUUCAGGGUGCAAUCGACUGGGCUGCUUGGCAGACAGUCGGCAGGAUGGUGUGGGGAGUUUGGACCAAAGUCAAGUGCGGGUUACAGGCCCAGCGGUGACAGUGAGUGGUUGUUGGUCUCAUCGA